UUUCUGUCUUGAUUCGAGGUAGGAAAACAGGAAACGUCAAGGGGAAUGGCUUCGUAGCAUGACACUUUAUAAAUUAAAUCACCAUUAUGUUACAGGUCUGUGAUUGACCACCAAAAUGUACGAAUCACUGGGACCAAGAGGGGGAGAGAUGGAUCCCCACAACAAGUGCAUGGGGGGCCGUAUGUGGUGCGUGUCAGACAUCUGCGGCAUCAUCUGUGCUGUCAUGACGUGGCUCCUUGUGACAUAUGCCGAGUUUGUUGUGCUUACCGUAAUAUUGGGCACCUCGAAUCAUCCGAUAUAUACGACUUUCAAUCUACUACUUUUCAACGUCUUUGCUGUAUUAGCAUUAUCUUCACAUGCUCGAGCCAUGUUCACUGACCCGGGAGCAGUUCCUAAGGGUAAUGCCACACGAGAAAACAUCCAGCGCAUGGGGCUGCGGGAAGGUCAAGUGAUCUUCAAAUGUCCAAAGUGUUGCAGCAUCAAGCCUGAGCGCGCCCACCACUGCUCCGUCUGUCAGCGGUGCAUUCGCAAAAUGGAUCACCACUGCCCAUGGGUUAACAACUGUGUGGGAGAAAAUAAUCAGAAGUUCUUUGUACUCUUUACAUUCUACAUUGCCCUGCUCAGUCUCCAUGGCCUUUUCCUAGGAAUUUACCAGUUCAUAAUCUGUGUGAGGAGUGAGUGGCGGGAGUGCUCUUCUUUCUCACCACCUGCCACAGUGGUGCUGCUUCUGUUCCUUAUCUUCGAGAGCUUACUCUUUGCCAUUUUCACCGCAGUCAUGUUCUUCACACAAGUUAAUGCCAUCUGGAAUGAUGAGACGGGCAUUGAACAGCUGAAGAAGGAACAAGCAAGCUGGGAAAAGAAAUCUCGAUGGCGAAGUAUCCAGGCUGUUUUUGGUCGGUUUUCUUUGACUUGGUUCAGUCCCUUCACUACCCCACCCUUGCCAACAAAAACUCACUCAUAUAUGUAUGCUGUUUAGCUUCUCCAUGGGGAUGACUUGCAAUCAUAAUUUGGAAAUUCGAGAGACAGUAGUAUAAGCAGCAGUGUGUGUAUGUAUGUAUGUAUAUAUUUAUGUAAUGAUAUAUAUGUGUGUAUAUACACCCAAAGAUAUAUAUAUAUAUAUAUGUAUAUGCAGUAUAUAUGUAUAUGAGGUGUAUGCCAAGACCAAAAGGUGAUGGCUUUUUUAUUCAUAAAAAGAAGUAGAAACAAGAAGACACAUGAUAGUACUUUACAGGUAUAUGGAGGAGUAACAAAUAAAAAUAGUUGUAGACAUACAUAUGGAGAUGCACUAUCAUUCCUUUUUUGUAGUCUGGUUUGUAGUCCAAAUGAAAAGAUUUAAUAUAUCAAUUAAAUUAUUUAUAUAUGCUUUUCAUACAAUUUUGCAAAUAUAUAUGAGAGCAGACUCCUUCUUGAUCCUUAAUUAAUUAUUCAAUGGAACAAUUCUUAAUGGGCACUAAUACUAUAGCAUGUGAGAAUAUAAUUUGGGAAGAGGCAGUGAUUCAAUACAUAUAUAUAUUAUAU